UCCUGCCUGACAACAGGGCUGCACACAUCACCGCAGACAUCAACAAAGAGAACAUCCCGUCCAGUGGGAGAAGAACCUCAGGCGACGUGGGGGAGAACACGAGCAGCAGCGGCGCCAGCGGCAGCAGCGGCGGCAGUGGCAGCGAAGGUGCUGAGUCACAGAGAAGUCACGCUGGUCAAAGGCACAAACACAGGAAAUCCAAAGUCUGUCCUUCAGCAGUGCAGCCCUCCAACCAGCAGGAUGCUCACAGGGUAAAUCCGGGUGUUGCUGAUCAACUGGGAGGAAAACACAUGGAAUUAUUUCAUAAAAGGAACAACGUUCUCAAAAAAGAUGAUCGCCGUUCUUCUUCACAGACGUUAGGGAUGAAGAUCCAGGAGUCGCCUGUUCCCUGUGACACGGGGAGAGACAGUGGAGGCGGAGGAGGAGGAGGAGGAGAAGUCCGGGAUCCAGACUGUGAGAAGACGAGCUGUGAAGAUGUUCCUAGACUGGACCUGACAGCGCUGACGGAGGAGGAGGAGGACAACUGGGGAGAGCCCGUCCCAGCUUACUCAUUGAUGCAGAGGGAGAGCAUGGACCGCGAGGAAGCUCGACUGUCUCCUCACGUCGGUGGGCGACUCAUCAGUCAGCUGCUGGAGGAGGACAGCGACCCCAUGGUGUCUCCGCGCUUCUACGCCUACGGUCAGUCCCAGCAGUACCUGGACGACACCGAGGUGCCGCCCUCGCCACCAAACGCUCACUCCUUCAUCAGCCGCAGGCGAAGUUCAUCUCUGGGCUCCUACGACGACGAGAAGGAGGAGAAGGAGCUGACGUCGCCUCAGCUCACGAAGAGGAUUCACGUCCUGAAGAAAAAGAUCCACAGGUUUGAGGAAAGGUUUGAAGAGGAGCGAAAAUACAGGCCUUCGCACAGUGACAAAGCUGCAAACCCAGAGGUGCUGAGGUGGGUUAACGAACUGGCCAGACUCCGCAAAGAGUUAAAAGAACACAAGCUGAUGAAGUCUGAGGAAGACCUGCCUCCGCUGACCCGUCAGCGCAGCAACACUUUGCCCAAAAGCUUCGGCUCUCAGCUGGACAAGAAACCACAGCAGGAGAAAGUGCCGAAGCCGUCGGUGGAGGCCACGCUGGAGUCCAUUCUGAAAAAGCUGCAAGAGAAGAGGGAGGAGGUGAAUCGCCCGGAGGACAUUAAGGACAUGACGCGGGAGCAGAUUGGAGCAGAGAAGGUCGCCCUGCAGAAGGGGCUGCUGUACUACGAGAGCAUUCACGGACGACCGGUCACCAAAAAUGAGAGACAAAUCAUGAAGCCCCUGUACGACAGAUAUCGCCUGGUCAAGCAGAUCCUGUGCCGAGCCUCCACCAUCCCAGUCAUUGAGGAGGAGGACGGCUCUGAGGACGACGCAGACUCAAAGACACAGUUCACGGUCACCGUGCGCCCCGACCUCAGCAUGCUGGGCUUCCUGGACCACUUGGACGAGGACGGUUUCAUUUCCCCGGUGGACGAGCUCUCGCCAUCCAAGCACACGACAGACAUGAGGCUGUCCAACCUCCACUCUGCUCCCAUGCAGGAACUUUUGAUUCAACUCCAGGAGGCCAGAGAGGAGAAGAAGAGAAUCCGCAAAAACCUGAAGGAGUUUGAGGACCAGUUUUUCAGACAAAAUGGAAGAAACGUGCAGAAGGAAGAUCGAUCCCCGUUAGCAGCGGAGUACAACGAAUACAAGCACAUUAAAGCAAAGCUGCGGCUCCUGGAGGUCCUCAUCAGCAAAAGAGACUCCACCAAAUUCAUUUGAGGAUACUCAAGACAGACUGUUGUCGUAUUUUCACUCAUGAAUAUCUCGGCCAGCUGGAGUGAGUGAGAGAGAGAGAAUCUGACCGUCGCCAUCUGUGCUGCUCAUGCCACCGACUCGGAAAAUGACGCAUCAAACACAGCCAUUUUUCUUUUUUUUUCUUUUCUUUCUUUCUUUUACGCCUGAAGAGUCGACCACUCGCGACUGAGUCAACACUUCACAAGUCAUCUGUGUCAUUUCUCUCAACCAGAGGUGGAACUGAACCGAGGACAGCCAGGAGGAGGAGCGAGCCCGGAUCGGACCCGACUCUUUCGUGCUAUAAUUUAUUUCCCUCUUUCCGAGCGUCUUCAUGAAGAGUUCUGACUUACGUAGCCUUUACUGUAGAAGUCUUAAAGAAAAGAAUUAAAUAGCAGUCAAAAUAAUUCA